AUGUCGACGAUCAAUUUGCCGCUGAAUUUAACCGUUCGCGUUCAUCCGGUAGUGCUGUUUCAAAUUGUGGACGCAUUUGAGCGACGAAAUGCCGACUCGGAACGUGUUAUCGGAACCCUUCUCGGCUCUGUCGACAAGGGUGUCGUGGAAGUGACGAACUGUUUCUGCUUGCCGCACAAGGAGCACACUGAUCAGGUAGAAGCAGAGCUGGGUUAUGCUUCCGAUCUGUACGAACUGAAUCAGCGGGUCAAUGCUUCCGAAAACAUUGUGGGCUGGUGGGCGACUGGCCAAGAGGUCACUAACCACAGCUCGGUCAUUCACGAAUACUAUACACGUGAGUGUCAGAAUCCGGUGCAUCUAACGCUGGACACUUCGCUCACCGGUGCCAGGAUGGGCAUUAAGGCGUACGUUUGCGUGUCGCUUGGCGUGCCUGGUGGCAAGAGCGGGUGUAUGUUCACGCCGAUCAAUGUCGAGGUUACAAGCUAUGAGCCAGAGAUUGUCGGAUUGCAGCUGUGUAUGAAAACGGUCGGUCUGCAGUCAAAUCCGAAUCGUCCACGCACGGUUUCCCCGAUGCUUGACUUAGCGCAAGUGACCGAUGCGUCAGACAAACUGCUAGCACUGCUUGGCGAUGUGCUGACAUACGUGGAAGAUGUACUGAACGAAAAGCAGCAGCCAGAGAACACGGUUGGCCGUGCCUUGCUUGAUCUGAUUCACUCGGUGCCGAACAUGACUGGAGAUCAAUUUGCGCAAAUGUUCAACUCGAACGUUAAGGAUUUGCUAAUGGUGGUCACGUUGUCGCAGCUAAUUAAAACUCAACUUCAAUUGAACGAAAAGCUCACGUCACUGACAUCGUUCCUCAACUGAAGCAUUGCAUGACGGUACAGCAUUUCCAGCCAGGGCAGUUUGAUCUGAGGUGCACCAGACGACACAAUAGCCGGUACUGUGGGAAGCAUAGCGGAGACGAGCGUUAAUCGGAAAGUUUCCGGGUACGGAGAACGAUAACGAUAAAUUAUUCCAAAAUUGAACACCGUCGAAGGGUAUUAAUAAAAAACAGCGCUUUCGCGUUGUAUAA